CACUCUCCACACCAUACCCAUGGCCUGCAACAACAUCUGCACUCCCUGCGGACCCACCCCGCUGGCCAACAGCUGCAACGAGCCCUGUGCCCUGCAAUGCCAGGAUUCCCGCGUUGUUAUCCAGCCUUCUCCCGUGCUGGUUACCCUGCCAGGACCCAUCAUGAGCUCCUUCCCCCAGAACACCGCCGUCGGAUCCACCUCCUCCGCUGCUCUGGGCACUGAGCUCAGUGUGCAGGGACAGCCCAUCUCUGGUGGCUUUGGUGGCUUUGGCCUUGGCUAUGGCCGUGGAUUUGGCUAUGGGCUGGGAGGCCUGGGCUGCUAUGGCAGAAGGGGCGGCUACAUCUGCUAA